GCCGCAGCGCGAGGCUCCGGCGUCUGAACGGUGCGCGGCGGCCGGCCGGGCUGGCGGGGCUGCUGCGGGGCGAGCGGGCCGGGCUGCGGGCGGCGCUAUGGAUUCUCGUGUCCAGCCCAAGUGCCAGCCCCGUUGAGUGGCCGCCCCGAGUGCUCCCUGCUGCGGAAGCCCCCACCAAGCGCCGACCAUGUCUAUCAUGGACCACAGCCCCACCACAGGGGUGGUCACGGUCAUUGUCAUCCUCAUCGCCAUCGCCGCCCUGGGGGCCCUGAUCCUGGGCUGCUGGUGCUACCUGCGGCUCCAGCACAUCGGCCAGUCGGAGGACGAGGAGAGCAUUGUGGGGGAUGGCGAGACCAAGGAGCCCUUCCUGCUGGUGCAGUACUCGGCCAAGGGACCGUGUGUGGAGAGGAAGGCCAAGCUGACCCCCAGCGGCCCAGAGGUCCAUGGCUGAGCAGGGACGUGGGGCUCCCGGUCCCAUUUGCAGCCAGCCACGAGGCGCCGGAAGGGCAGAAGCACCCAGGCAGGCUGCUGACGAGAGGACGGCUUGACGACUCGCCAGCAUGGCCUCGGCGGGCUUUGCCAUCGCAUGCACUGACUCCUGGGGUCCUGAGCUGGGACUCGGUGGCCCCGGGCCCCCCCCGGGCCUCCGGGCAGGGCUGCCCAUUGCAGGCAGUGGGCAGGCUGACCCUGCAGGGGCUCCCGGCUGGUCCCAUAGCAUUUUUUGUUACUUGAAUGUUUAGCUGAGCCUGUUUUUGAUGGAGCUACUACUGUAAUGCGUGAACUAACAAACCUGUGAACUGUAAAUAAGCCCCAGCAGCACUUGCUCAUGCCUUUUUUCUGAUUUCUUAAAAAUUAUCAUCCGGAGCACCUGGAACCAGUUAGCUGAUGACAGUCCAAAGGAUGAGCUGAGUGGAGAUGGUGGAAGAGGGGCUUAGACUUGGAAGGCACCUGCACCUGGCAGGGGUCUCUCAUGGAUAUCCACAUAUAUAUAUGUAAAGGAAGUGAAAUGUCAAUCCUGAAUCUCGUGGCUGACCAGUUGGGGUGCAUUGGUGACUUUUGCUUGGUCAGCAGUGGAUAGAAGAACUGUGCCCCUCUCUUCUUCCUCUGGAUGGGUUCGGCUGUGAAGCGUCCAUUCCUGUGGAUAGUGGGAUUAUUGCAAGGAAGCUACCAGAGGCACUUGGGAGCUGGUGAAGGACACGUCUGGGCACGAGUCCCGAGGCCUGCCAGGCACCCCGGUAGCAGAGCAGUUCCUGCCCCUUGGUCUCAAGCCUGCCAAGGACUGCCCCGGCCCCCCGCCAGCUUCACUGUCGUCACUCUCAUCCUCGAAAAAACACCAGAGCCCACGGUGGCCGCUGACACCGCGUUGGCCCAGGAGAGACCAAAAGUUGUGUUGUUUUGUUGUUUAAUAUUUUCUGCACUGGACGGGUAGGGGAGGGGAUCCUCGUGUGUUUUCUUCUUCCCUUCCCUCUUCCCUUUUCCUGAGUUAUCUUCCUUCCCUCCCAGAUUACCAGCUGCAGGGCACUGACUGAGUCUGUUUCCUCAGCGAGUCACUGGAGACCGUGAGGCCCUGGGGCUGCCGGAGGGUCAUCUGUGCAGGAAGGCCUCCGUGUCCACACAGAAGCCGCUGGGCUGCCUCCUGCCAGCUGGGGCUUAGCAAGUACUGAAGGGGGGCCAGGGACUUCCGGGUGAAGGACCGGAUUUUUGCAAAGAUGAUGGUGGCCCUUGGUCCCCUUGGUGCCUCAGCAGUCUGGGUCUCCGAGGUGUCCCUUGUAUACAUGUAAAUCAGCUCGCUUAGAUUGUUAAUUCUACCCCUGUAAGCACAUUCCCAGCCGUCAUGUUUAACACGUGCCCGCUGUGGGCAUCCCCAGGCAUCUGCGGGUCAGCCCUGGCUUGACAGGGAGCGCCGGCCCCUAACACUUGGCCCCAUUCUGCCCUCCAAGCCCUGCUUUCCUGGGCAGGGUGGAGGCGUCUCCUCUGGCCUCAUCCAGGGCUCCUUGAAAAAGCAUGUUGAGCUUACCUCCCUUUCAGAACCCCCAAGGGGGAGCUGUAUUUCAGCAGUGUGCACCUAAACGGGGUCAAACAUUAUGUGAUAGCUUGGCGAGGAAGAGGAGUGGCUAAUUAGGCAGUAAUAAAGUACUGCAGGUGGGCUCCUGGGGAACCCCGGGAAAGCAGCUGGGCUUUCUGCCCAGGAGAGGAAAUGCCUCUGGCCCCUCACGGGGGCGGCCCCCUGGCGAAGAGAGAGUGGGAUGACAGUUAAGGUGGGAUUAGCAAAGGCCUUGCAGGCCAAGGGGGUACAGGGGCGGAGGGGGAGGUGUUUGUGUGUCCAGACACAGAAAUCAAGACCAGGAAGGAGAACGGAAGUUCUGACUGGAAGAUGGGGAAGGUUUGCUCUGCUUUUUGCAGGAGGCUCACAAACUGUGAAAGUGUCGGGGUGAGAGAAGACACCGAGUGAGGUUUUGGUCCAUUCCCCUCGUGCUUCCCAACUUCCAAGCUUUCUACCUCUACUUUCACUGCAGCCAGCAGCGCAGGCCUGGUGGUUUUGCUUUCAGCUCAAAACCGGAGCAAUCCAGGAACAACUGGGAUUUGCAUUUUCAGUCUGGGCCUGACCCCUGAAACUGACGACGCUUGAUUUUUAGCUUUACCCUGAGGUUUUUACCAUGCUGGCAGAAUUUGUUUUGAAAUGCAUUAAACUUUGCUUUCUCAUCAGUUUCACUUCUUGGGGACUUUUUUUUAUCCCACUCCCCCCUUACCAGGGAUCACAUCUUUGCAGUUUAACAGGGCCCCUCCAAGUGAGUUGGCAGUGCUGGGGGUGAAUUGUGCGGUGGGCCAUGGUGGGGGUCUCUGGGAGGAAAAUGAAAAUGCCCGUAGAGCUGGUGAAUGGCCACAUAAUAGCCCUUACUGUCCUUAUUUAUCAGUAGCUCUUUUUUUUUUUUUUUUAGCAUAGAUAUCAGAGCCACACACUGAAAUGGCUUAGUAAGUUGUGACCUCUCAUUGAAUUCGCUCUGACUAGCUCAACUGUUGCAUUCAAAUUUUCUGAAUAGUCAGUCAAGAAAUUAGCCUUUCAUCCUUCCCAGCAUCUCAGAAUCAGCAACAGGGAGCCGGGAGGGAACUUUGUGACACUGAGCCACUAAAAUAGGGACUGAUUUUUCAGACAAAUCUUCAAUUGGACUGUGCUGUUUUUGUCUCAAAGCUACCAAGUUUGUGCAAUAAGUGGAAGGGAUGUUGUCCCUCUUCAAUAAAAGUUGAAUGACAUUCAAACUGA